UCCACACCGUUAACGCAUGGAAUAGAAAAUAAUUGUGGGAUGGCAUAGAUGCGGUUUCUUGAAUUAACUAAAGAUGGCAGUUGUUACUUCCGUUAAUGUUUGAUCUAUAAUUUAAAAUUUAAAAAGCAUUUCCAGUGCAAUGGAAACGUUAACAAAGCCUCAAAUAAUUUGCCACGAUCAAAAAUCUUUAAACUAUUCAAUUCACGAUGUAAAGUGGAUACCAUGUUCAGCCAAAUUUGUAUCCAUAGGUGGAAAAUCUAAUGGAGCAGGUAUCAUUGAAAUUUACAGACUGACUGGCGACGGAAUCGAAAAAGUUGACGAAUUUUGCAAGAAAGAACACUUCAAGUGCUGUACUUUUGAUGCGUCUAAUUUGAGAGAUAGACAUUUGGCCACCGGUGAUUUUUCUGGGCGAUUACAAAUAUGGAAUUUGGAAGACACGCUGGUGCCGGUGUACAAAUCUGCCGCGCAUUCUGCUGUAAUAAAUGCCAUCGACGGUAUUGCUGGAAAGAGUACAAAUUGUGGAGCCCCUGAAAUUGCCACUGGAUCGAGAGAUGGUUGUGUAAUGGUUUGGGAUACGAGACAAAAAGAUGUACCAGUAGCCAAAUUUGUUCCAAUCGAAGGGAGUACUGGUCGUGACUGCUGGUGUGUGGCUUUCGGUGAUAGUUACAACAAUGAUGAACGUGUUUUAGCGUCGGGUUAUGACAACGGGGACAUUAAGUUAUAUGAUCUACGAACAAUGUCCACAAGAUGGUCAAAGAAUGUAAAAAAUGGAGUUAAGGCUUCUAUCAAAAUCACAUUUUCAAUAUUAACUUGCUGCAUUCAGGUUGUAAGCAUCCAGUUCGAUAGGAAGGACAUCCCGAUGAAUAAAUUGGUGGCUACUACUUUGGAAUCAAAAAUAUUUUGUUUCGACGUGCGUACCCAACACCCAAAGAAAGGAUUCGCCCAGGUGGCUGAGAAUGCUCACAAAUCCACUGUUUGGCAAGUUAAACACUUACCACAAAACCGAGAAAUAUUUAUGACAACUGGUGGUUCUGGAACCUUAUGUCUCUGGAAGUAUAAUUAUCCAAUGAAAAGGGUUGCCACUAACUCAGAUGGAAUACCCUAUGGAGUAGCAGGUGAACUCCAGCAACUCCAAAAUAGUGUUCUUUCAGAUCAGCCGAUUACAUCAUUUGACUGGUGUGAGGAUAAAUUAGGUCUUUCAGUUUGUUCAGCGUAUGAUCAAACUUUAAGAGUUCUUUUAACUACUAAACUAAAUCUGUAUUAAUUUUUUUUU